AUGAGGGCAAAACGUAGAAAUCUUUCUUAUUCAAGAAAAACUACCAUUUUAGGUAUUGAAACUUCUUGCGAUGAUACUGGUUGUGCUGUAGUUAAUGGUUAUGGUAAUAUUUUAGGUGAAUCUUUAUAUUCACAAAAUGCACUUCAUGUUAGAUACGGUGGAGUUAAUCCCACGCAUGCAUGGGAACUUCAUCGUGACAAUAUUGAUUUAGCUGUAAAAGAUGCUUUAAAAAGUGCAAAAAUAGGAGUAAAUGAAAUUGAUGCUAUAGCAGUUACUGUUAAACCUGGCCUGUUAUUGAGCUUAACAAUCGGUGUAAAAUAUGCAAAAUUUCUUGCAAAAAAGUAUCACAAAAUUUUAAUUCCUAUACAUCAUAUGGAAGCCCAUGCAUUAGUUGCAAGAAUGUAUUAUGACAUACCAUUUCCAUACUUGACAUUAUUGAUAUCAGGAGGACAUUGCUUUUUAGCUGUAGUAAAAGAUGUGAACAGCUUCCUUUUACUUGGUCAAACUUUAGAUAAUGCACCAGGGGAGGUCAUGGACAAGGCUGCAAGAAGAAUGAAAUUAAAAAAUAUUUUAGAAUAUUCGUCAGUUUCUGGCGGUAGAGCAAUUGAAUUAGCUGCCAAGAAUGCUGCUAAUCCUGCUAUAUUUCAAUUUCCAAUACCACUACUGAAAAAUAGAGAUUGUAAUUUUAGUUUUAGUGGCCUUAAGGAUUCACUGAUGCGUAAAGUAAUAAAGAAGGAAGCAGAGCAUGGAUUAAGGGGUGAUGAAGUAAUACCAGAAAUUUAUGAUUUGUGUGCAUCAUUUCAGGCUAGUAUUGCCAGGCAUUUAGCACACAGACUUGAAAGAGCCAUAAUAUUUUGUGAAAUGAAAAAGAUACUACAUUUUGAUACUAAAAAUAUUAUAAUAUCAGGUGGUGUAGCAUGUAAUGACUACAUAUAUUCAUGUUUGGAAAGUGUGGGUAAAAAGUUUGGUUUUAAUUUGUAUAGACCACCCCAUAAAGUUUGCACAGAUAAUGGUGUAAUGGUUGCAUGGAAUGGUAUUGAAAAAGUAAAAAAAGGAGACCCUAUUCCAUCAUUUUCUAUUAGUAAUGUUGAUCCUAUUGCAUCUUUUGGCUUAAAUAUUAUAGAUCAAGUGAAAGAAGCAAAUUUGCCAAUAAGAGCUCCUAUGAUUGAAGACAUCAAGAAACUGUGA